AUGUCUCCUGCCAUAUCUGUAAAUCUGAGCUCUGAUUGGUCGGCUGCACCGGAGCCUCUGCAGAACCCCAGAGCUGAGACAGGUCUCCAGAUAAAGCCUCUGCUCAGAGGCCCAAAUUCCUCCACACCUAUCACAGAGUUCCUCCUGGCCGUCCCAGUGUCCCAGCCCUCCAGGGAACGUGAUAUUGAAAAGAUCAAUGCUGAGUUCUCCUCCAAGAGAUUCAUCCGCAACCGGAGGAACAUCAGCUGGUACAAACAACACUCUGACUUCUGGAACUGGUACAAGUUUUUCACCGACAAUGGCAACCAGCAGGGAGUUGCAGAUCUGGACCGUGUGUAUCUGGAAUACCUGCAGAACAAGAACCGUGCUGAAUCCCAGCGCUCCUACAAACUCUAUCUGCAGCAUAUGGGUGAGAUCUACAAGUCAUGCGCCGAGUCUGAGGACCCAAACUGUGUGAACUCAUACAUGAGCAGGCCCAAGCCCAAACCUGAACCCCAGAGACAGGCACAGGUUAAACCCUGUGAUCCAUACCGGGAUCCACAAUGUCUCUAUGCUCUGGGAUACUCUGCUUAUCCGUAUGUGGCCUCUGUAAAGUCUCCAGCUCCUGCUCCUGCUCCUGCUCCUGCUCCAGUUAAAACUCCCGCUUACAUCCGAACCCCUGUGGUGAAAGAUCAAAGUUCUGGUCAGUACUAUUAUGCCCCCAUGGCCCAGUCCUUCCUGUCUGCUGAGCAGAAAGCUGAGCUUUUGCGAAUUUGUGGUGCUGAAGAUGUUGAGUGCCUGCAGUACCACUUCCGUGGUGCAUACGGCUACAAACCCGCCGGUGUCCCAGCUCCAUCCUACGCCCAUCUAGGCUCCUCCUCACAGAAGGUGCAGAAAGCUCCAGCCGGUUUGUACCUUCAGUAUCCCAACUGUGAUUCUCGUGUCAACCCAUAUUGUGCCUACGGCGCUGUAGCGGCAUCUCAGAAAUCAGAUGCAUCAUCUUCUCCAGCUUCCCUCGAGAGGUUCUGCAACCCGUUAUAUGAAGAUAACUGCAACCCGCUAACAUCUACCAGAUAUGGAGUCGUAGCCCAUCACUCAGAAGAUCCCAAAGAUGAUCCAGCUUCUGUUGCAGGCCCUAUCCAGGAUCUACAAAACUCUCCUUUCGAUCCCUAUGCCAUGUUCCAGGAUGCUGCAGCUUCUUCUGCCAUGCGCAGGCUUCCCCCUGGUUCACGCCAAAUUCCACAACACCCUCAGCCACCCACUAUGGAGGAGAACUCCCAAUCAUUUGGACCUCCAGGAAAGACCAAGGAGGGCUAUGAUUGCUUUAUUGGCUAUGAUGAAGAGUGCUACCCAAUUCGAACCCAGAAUGUUCCCAGGACAUUCCCACAAAGGCAGCUUUCACAUUCAAUGGACAACUAUGAGCCACAUCUGAACGCAGAUGGCACCAGAAAGGGCGUGAUUGAACCUGAUCCUCACUGUGAUCCCGAGUAUGACAGAAAUUGCCGUCUGCAGCGCUACGUGCCUGAAGCUGAGGAACCAGAGAUGCAUUCCCCCAAGGAGGAACGUGACCAUCAGGAACACAGGGAGGAACCGGUUCACCAUAAGGAACAGGGGGAAGACGUCUACCCUGAUCAGCAGCCAGACAACCAGGGCUACGAGCAGCAGCAGUAUGACCGCUACAUGAGCGGUCAGGAGGAUUCCUACGCCUCUUAUGAUCAGCCGAAUCAAGGUUCUAUCAACUUCCAAGACAUCCUGAAGGCAUAUGCAAGCCGCUUCCCAAACCAGGAGCACCAGCGUGCCUACUCAGGAGACUACAAGAAGAAGUAAAAAGCUGCAAAAAGGAGCAUAACGAAUGAUGAUGAGAGAAACAGAACAGUGUGUGAGGUGUGAAAAAUGUUCAC